AUGAACGCAGGAAUAGCAAGCACACUGGUGGCUCUGCAGUUCUUCAUUCAGUUUGCAACCACAGCCAAACUGGUGUGUUAUUUUACCAACUGGUCGCGGUACAGAACAGGUGUGGGGAAAUUCCUGCCAGAAGACACGGACCCCUUCCUCUGUACCCACCUGGUUUACGCCUUCGCCAUCAUCAGCCAUGCCAAUGAGAUCACUGAGUACGAGUGGAAUGAGAAAAGCCUCUAUAAAUCAUUCACUGAGCUCAAGAACAGAAACCCCAGACUGAAGACUUUACUGUCGGUUAGAGAGGAGAACGAUGGAUCUCAGUUUUCCAUCAUGAUGUCCACUCCAGCCAACCGUCAGACAUUCAUCCAGUCGUCAAUCAAAUUCCUAAGGACUCAUGGAUUUGAUGGUCUGGAUCUGGACUGGGAGUACCCUGUUGCUCGUGGAAGUCCUGCAGAGGACAAGCAGAGGUUCACUCUGCUCUGCAAGGAGCUUUCAGAGGCUUAUGAAGCUGAGAGCAUUGGAGGAAGUAACACACAACUGAUGCUCUCUGCAGCCGUGGCAGCACAAACCGAUGUUAAUGAUACGGGAUAUGAACCCUCUGAGAUAUCAAAGUACCUGGACUUCAUCAGUGUUAAGACUUUUGACCUACAUGGUAGUCAAGAUCAAGUGACGGCCCACCACAGUUCACUCUACUCUGAAAGCAAUGCUAGCAUAGUAAUUAUCCAUUUUUUAGAUUACGUUAUGCAGGACUGGAUGGAGCGAGGAGCCCCAGCAGGGAAGCUGUUGCUAGGUUGCCCCAUUCAUGCUCGUUCCUUUACACUCUCCACCACGGCAUCGGGCCUGGGAGCCCCAGUCAGCGGCCCUGCCUCACCCGGGCCCUACACCCAGCAGAUUGGUGUCUGGUCUUACUAUGAGACCUGCUCCUUCCUGAAAGGCACCUCAGUUCAGUGGAUUGAUGGUCAGAAAGUUCCCUACGCUGUCAAAGGCAAUCAGUGGGUCGGCUUUGAUGACCAGAGGAGCUAUGAUGUCAAGGUGGACUAUCUGAAGAGCAGGCAGCUGGGAGGAGCUGCUGUGUGGACACUCGAUAUGGACGACUUCUCUGGACAGUUCUGUGAGCGGGGCAAAUAUCCACUGAUAUCACAUCUAAAGGAUAAACUCAGUGAAGACUGGUCAGCACAGGAAACAACUCCCACUGAAUCUCUACCCAAAACCUCUUCCUCUCCCUCUGACAGCACACAACCCCCACAGGAACAAUUCACCACAGCCAGCAGCGCCACAGCAAAGCCAGACAACAGCUGCUUCCAGAACAUCACCGUUGUGUAUCCUGUCAGCCGCUUCUGCUCACGCAGGGCUGACGGACUAGGUUAA